UUUUAGACGUUGCUAUUUACACACUCUGGGAAAGGUCCUGGUGGAUGAACAUUGAACAAUGUCUAAAGAAAUUUUGUAAUUGAUUUAAAUAACUUCCUGUGAGGUAUAACCGAGGAUCGAGGUGAGACUCGAUUACCUCGUAGUGUCGGAGUAAAACUAGGAAUUUCGUCAAAAUGGUUUGCCGUUUGUCAAGUUGUUGUUGCUGUUCACUACGAACGGGAACUUUGAUUCUUGGGUAUUUCGGAUUGAUUAGCGGUAUAAUCACAUUUUUCGAUACUAUAAUUAAUUUAGGAUAUAUUUUUGUAAAUGGCGGGUUAGAGUUUUCUAACGAGAUACCAGACGGGGAUCAUAGCGCCUUUGCAACGUUGGCUACAUGCGUGGAAAUCUAUUAUAUCAUAAUUCUGGUUAUAUGUAUACAAGGUGUUCUAUUUAAUUAUUUAUUAUUGAUUGGGAUUUAUAAGGUGAACUAUAAAAUGUUUUUCAUGUUUGGUGAUCGAAAUUAA